AAAUGAUUUGACAAUUCAGUAAUAAAAAACUAAAGUGUUUUAAAUUAUCAAUCUAAUUAUUUUGAUUCUCAUAUUCAUCAAAGUUUUCAAUAUAUUAAAUUUAGAAAAUGGCAAGAGAAAGCAGCGCUGGAUUUGAUAGACAUAUUACUAUUUUCUCCCCUGAAGGAAGACUUUAUCAAGUUGAAUAUGCGCUAAAAGCCAUCAAUCAAGGUGGGCUGACGUCGGUGGCGUUGCGCGGGGUGGAGGCGGCCGUGGUGGCGGCGCAACGGAAGGUCCCUGACCGGCUGCUGGACCCCGCUUCCGUCACACACCUGUUCCCGUUAACCAGCAGCAUCGGCUGCGUCAUGACCGGCAUGAUAGCGGACAGCAAGUCCCAGGUACAGAGAGCACGCUACGAAGCAGCUAAGUGGCAGUACAAGUAUGGUACGGAGAUACCGGUGCAUAUCCUGUGUCGCCGUAUUGCCGACAUCUCACAGGUGUACACACAGAACGCUGAGAUGCGCCCACUUGGAUGCAGUAUGAUGUUGGUGGCGUACGACGAGGAAGCCGGCGCGAGUGUGUACAAGACAGACCCGUCGGGGUACUACUGCUCGUACAAGGCUGUAGCGGCGGGCGCCAAGGCCACGGACGCCAACGCCUACCUCGAGAAGAAGCUGAAGAAGCGUGCAGACCUCGCCGCCGAUGACGUCAUCCAGCUCGCCAUCUCCUGCCUGUCGCAGGUGCUGUCCGUGGACUUCAAGUCCUCAGAGAUCGAGGUUGGGGUGGUCAGUAAGGACAACCCUAAAUUCCAUGUGCUAUCAGAGAGCGAGAUCGACAGACACUUGACGGCUAUCGCUGAAAAGGACUAAUUAAAGUAUCUAAUAAAUAUCUAAUUUUUUUAAAUAAACUCUAUAAUAUA